UUGGAGUUAAAGAGGGGGCGGAGGCGGAACUGAACCACAACCAAACUUUUCUGGUUCAUACGAAUGUGAUAAGGCUGUACAUACUGUUGUUAUGUUAUUCAGGUCUCUAGCAGGGAGUGCCUGCACUCUAAUAGGAGCUGCAACAGCAUUCAAAUUUGCACCUGUGGAAGUCAAGGCCCAAGCAGCUGCUCUCCUUCACAGCGCAGUGAGGAAGUCCUCUUUGGUGGAACAAGCAAACAUGAGGAUUGAACUUGUCCCAGCACUCAGUGACAACUACAUGUACCUGCUGAUAGAUGUGGACUCGAGAGAAGCAGCGAUUGUUGACCCGGUGGAGCCAAUAAAGGUUGUGGAGGCUGUAAGGAAACAUGGUGUAAAACUGACAACAAUUCUGACCACUCAUCACCACUGGGAUCAUGCUAGUGGAAAUGAGAAGAUGGUGAAGCUAAUGCCAGGGCUAAAGGUCUAUGGAGGGGAUGACAGAGUCGAUGCUGUCACAAAGAAAGUUUCUCACUCCCACAAUUUCAAACUUGGAUCCCUCAGUGUCAAAUGCCUGUUUACACCAUGUCAUACAACUGGUCACAUCUGCUACUAUGUGACAAAAGAAAACAGCACUGAGCCACCAGCUGUUUUCACAGGGGACACGCUGUUUGUGGCUGGUUGUGGUAAAUUCUUCGAGGGUACAGCAGAGCAGAUGUACAAAGCCUUGAUAGAAAUUCUGGGACGCCUGCCUCCUGAAACUCGCGUCUACUGCGGUCAUGAGUACACUGUCAGUAAUCUGAAAUUUGCACGUCAUGUGGAACCAGACAAUGAGGUCAUUCAGAAGAAGCUAGCAUGGGCAAAGGAGAAAUGCAGUAAUGGAGAACCUACUAUUCCAUCUACUUUGGCUGACGAAUUCACAUUUAACCCCUUCAUGAGAGUUAAAGAGAAGUCCGUCCAAGAUCACGUAAAGCAGACAGACCCCAUUGAAACCAUGAGAAGUCUCCGGAAAGAAAAAGAUGGCUUCCGGGUGCCCAAGGAGUGACGCCCCAUGCGCUCAUGCAGACUGUUUCUGAAGAACUGCUCUCAACACUGCAAGAUGACAACAGUAUACUAAAGAAAAUAUCUGCUACUAAUCCUCAAAGCCAUUUGAAAUAGACCUGCUGCAUUUAUUCUCAGUCAAGGCACACAGUUCUUAUCACUAUGUUCAACGCUAAUAUGGCUACAAACUUAUCUGUCAUUGUUUUUAAUCGUAUGUAGUUUAAUUGGCUGACAUUGGAAGGAAUAUAUGGCCAUUAAUUGAAUGCUUUAAAUGAGAAAUAAUUUUGUUAAUCUGUAAAUGGAAGUUUUAGAGUGUAUUUAGAAUUAUGAUGUAAUAUAUAGAUGUACAAACUCCAUCUGUUUCAUUCGUUGUUUAAAUUUGAAAACUUAAACAAAACAGGGAGCCACUUGACUAACAAAUGUUGGAAUAUUUGUAAAAAUUUCUGUAAAUUGAUAAAGUAAUAUCUUUGUCUGUAAAGACAUAUAUUUUAUUCUGA